AUGGCAGCUACCAACCGCGAGGCAGAGCUUGAAGCCAUGCAGUUUGUUGACGCUGACUCCGAACUUGAAGAUUUGGAUGAAAUAGAUGACGACGACGAUGAUGAUGCGUUGCAAAUGGCAGACGAGGAGGUGGGGAGGGUAAAUAAUGCUUACGUAGGUGGACCAAUGGAAGUGGACGAGCCUUUGGUGAUUCCAAGUAGCGCAUCCUCUUCCCACGAUUCUACUACAGCUAUUCGUGGGUCUACCCUUCGACGGUCCAACGCAUUCAGGGUGCGCAGACCGCCAUCUAUUCCACUAAAAUGGGAUUUAAGCAUCGUGGCUUGUCCUUACCCUGUGCCACAGUUCACACCUACCAUUUUCCAGUAUCUACCCAUUUGGCUGGCAACCUCCCAGCAAACUGUAUCCGUAGCUGCGCUGGAAUCGAAGUCCUUGCGCGAUGGCACUGAGUAUUCCUCUCCUGUACGAGAUGAAUCGUGUCCCAUGGUAGAUAGCCUGCUUUCUCUCCUGGUGAAAGCUCAUGCGCGUCUACAGUGGAGCCGCAUGGUCACCUCGACGGAUCUACAGGCCCAACAGACCACUGUCCCCCUGUGUACGAGUGCGGCUGCGGUGGCGCAAGACUGUGCCUUCCUAACUUUCCCCACCUCAUCUACUCUUAAUGCUGACACUAAGUCCACUGCUUCCAAUCCUAUUGCUGAUCUUACUGCUCGCUGUAUGGCUGUGCUCAAUGCCACAAACACGGAAGAAUCGUCCGAAGGCGGAUCGACCGCGUCGCCUUUAGUCCGCGCCCUUCAAGCCGACACUUCGAGUAAUGCACCCGAGGCAAAGAUAGUAAAAGCGCUCACCGAAAUGCCGCCGGAAUUGCGCUACUUUGCGGUUGCUCCUCCAACUUAUCAAAUCGUCGAAGGGGAGGAGGAAGAAGAGGCGGAAAGUGGUCCAAAGUCAGAAGCGCAGCCAGCAGCUGGAAGGACGCCUGGUAUGGGGCAAACUGAGAAGUCAAUUGAAUGUGGAGACGGCGUUUUCUGGAUUGGAAGAUUGCUAGAUAAGAUUGUGGAACUCUCAUCAGAUUGUAGAACUCAUUUGAGGGCUUUCCUUGAUCGUGCAAACGAUCCCUUUGGUAUGCGUAAGGAGGCUGAAACUGCAGGUGGGGAAACAGAAAGUGCUCUUUUGCCUUCGGGUUUACAAAACAAUACCAAAACACGAGCUCAACGCAAACGAGCCGCCUCAGAGAGGCGAAAGCGUCUUCUUGAUCUGAUGGCUUCAAAACAACGAGCUUUUGCUGACAACUUCCUUAAGGAUCUUGAUAUGGACAAAAUUUGUGAUGAGACAUCUGAAAACCCCGAGGGGAAGAUGGAAUGCGAGUACGACUGCGUCAUCUGUCAGGCUGUUCCCGAUACUCCGCAACCCAUGGUCCUUUUGGUAAUGCUCUGCGAAUCCGGACUGAUGGGAUGCAUGCGCAACUAUCCGAAUCUGCCACGUUUAAGUGGUGAGCGGAUGAUAUACAGUCGGAGUUACUUGUGUGAGGAUGCUUGUAUACCACGUGCAGUGCCAGUGGUUCCACCCGAGCUUCCACGUCAGAUGGACAUUCUACCAACUCGUCGAGUGCCCCCUUCGCCCUGUGUGGCAGAGACGGACGGUUGCAGUUCCUCGGCGGCUUGUCGUAUUACUGACACCAUAAUCAUCCCUCCGAGCGUUCUGAGCAGCACGCCCUCCUGUGAAGUGUCACGAGGGGAUGUUCUAGAACCGGUGGCCUAUGUGGAGGAUCGAAGAUGGUGGGAUCUGGCCCUCCCUCCAGAGAUAGGUUCCUCGCUGCCGCUGCUAAGAUUGGGGUUACUGCUGCAGACCUGUGGGCAUGCAGUUCAUCGAGAGUGCUUCCAA